AUGUCGGACCCACUUUCCAUCGCUGCCAGCAUCCUGGCAUUGAUGGCGGCGGCCGGAAAGACUGCGCAAGGACUGCAGAAAGCUUGGGAGCUGCGACACAUAGAGGACGAUUUCCUGGGGCUUAAUAACGAGAGUGUCAACGCUACAUGCUCUGACGCGCGGAAUAUCCUCAAAGACAUCGACAAGCUCCUCGAGCACAUGGUGCGCAAAAAGGACCAAGCAAGCCAGAAGCAACCCGUGAACUCCAUCAGGCCGUCCAAGACCAGAUGGCUCCGUCGAAGAUCAGCGAUAUUGCGCUUAACCUCCCAACUGAGACCGAUCGUGGCCUCAAUCACUGCAACAGCAAACGUGUUACGGGAUAUAGCGUCAGAUCGCAGACUAUACUCGAUCGAAACAACGCUCAACAUCGAGAAAGUAGAACUGAUAAGUGGAGGUCGUGUUACCAUCAAGCAAAUCCCAUUUGCCCCCGAGGUGCAGCUUGACCGCUGGCUACAUCACGCUAGUGAACUUGAGGAUACAUCAGUGAAGCGCACUGCAUCUACGCCCAAAAGCCCGCCAAGGCUUGCGAGCCAUUCUGUCCUUGCCAAUGUCACAUCCAUGACACCAGGAUCCGGACGCCGACCUGGUUACGACAUAUAA